AUGUCCCAGAUGCCUGGCUCCGUGAACGUUUCUAGCAAGGGGCAGCUGGCCUCUCUGGGCGUUCAUGUGGUAGGAAGCCAGAACCCAGGCUGGCUAGGAGGCAGUAGCUGGCAGGCACUGAAGAGUUCUGUGAAACUGUGUCCUGUGGUGGCUGCUAAGCCUGGCUGGGGAUACGGGGACCAAGUUUUUAGGAUUAACGUCAGAAAUGGAGACGAGAUCAGCAAGCUAAGGCAGCUAGUGAAUUCGGAUGCCUUUAAGCUCAAUGUUUGGAAAUCUCCCUCCACCUUCAGUCGUCUUGUGGAUGUCCUGGUCCCGUCUGUCAGCCUGCAGCCAGUCAAAUCCUUCCUGAAGUCCCAGGGCUUAGACUACUCGGUGACAAUUGAAGACCUGCAGGCCCUUUUAGAUCAUGAAGAUGAAGAAAUGCAACACAAUGAAGGGCAAGAGCGAAGCGGUAAUAACUUCAACUAUGGGGCCUACCAUUCCUUGGAAGCGAUUUACCGUGAGAUGGAUAGCAUUGCUGGAGAUUUUCCAGAUUUGGCGAGCAGAGUGAAGAUUGGGCAUUCGUUUGAAAACCGGUCCAUGUAUGUACUGAAGUUCAGCACUGCAGAAGGCAGGCGGCGGCCGGCCAUUUGGCUGAACGCAGGCAUCCAUUCCCGGGAGUGGAUCUCGGUGGCCACAGCGAUCUGGACUGCGAGGAAGAUUGCAUCUGAUUACGGGAAGGACCCAGCCAUCACCUCCAUCUUGGAGAAAAUGGAUAUUUUCUUGUUGCCUGUGGCCAAUCCUGAUGGCUAUGUGUACACACAAACUCAAAACCGAUUAUGGAGGAAGACACGGUCCAUAAAUCCUGGGAGCUCUUGCAUUGGUACUGAUCCAAACAGAAAUUGGAAUGCUAGUUUUGCAGGAGAGGGAGCCAGUGGUAACCCUUGCUCCGAAAUAUACCACGGACCCCAUGCCAAUUCAGAAGUGGAGGUGAAAUCGGUGGUAGAUUUCAUCCAAGAACAUGGGAAUUUCAAAUGCUUUGUCGACCUGCACAGCUACUCCCAGCUGCUGAUGUAUCCGUAUGGAUACACGGUCAAAAAGGCCCCGGAUGCUGAUGAGCUGGACAAGGUGGCAAGACGUGCAGCCAAAGCUCUGGCUUCCCUGUCGGGCACGACGUACCAAGUGGGUCCCACCUGCACCACUGUCUACCCAGCUAGUGGGAGCAGCAUUGACUGGGCCUAUGAUAACGGCAUCAAGUAUGCAUUCACGUUUGAGUUGAGAGACACUGGGCACUAUGGCUUCCUCCUACCAGCUGACCAGAUCAUCCCCACCGCCGAGGAGACCUGGCUGGGACUGAAGACCAUCAUGAAGCACGUGCGGGACCACCUCUAUUAGAUGAAGACCCCCGCUGUGUCUCCAGUUGUUUAUCCCCGUGUCUGCAUGUCUGCUGAAGCUACUGUUACAGGGCGCUUCUUCUCACACGUGUGAACCAGAGCCCUCUAGCUUUGUGAGGAGUGCACGGCAGCCCCUUCCCGGACCUCAUCCUCGAAGUUCAUGCGUUCUGACGGUGCACUGUGGAGAAGCGCUGCCGCCACCCUGCUGUGUUCUGAUCCUGCUGUUUCACUGGGCCCUCUGUAUGCCCUUCCUCUCACAUGGUUGGGCAGGCCACACUUAGGGUCACUCCUCGCUGGGUGGCAUGCCUUUAACUCAUUUUUAGAACAUAAAGACAUUUAAGAUGGUUCUCUAGCCUUAUCCAAUCUAGCCUAGCUGGUGACCUUGCUCUGCUGGAGCCCCCGAGAGGCCCCAUGGGAGAGACAGUGCUUGUCUUUGAGAUCAGUCUGUAAGAUGACACAGAACUUCCUUUAAUUUAUCUCACUGCUUCUUGAAUAUAUUUGUCUUUGAAAAAUAAAUCUUGUGGGGUUAUCAGUA